GAUCGGCGGCGAUACCGGCACCGUGCCCGCUCCUCUGCCCGCGCUCCGCUCCGCACCCCGGUGGCGUGUCCGGCCAGGACAAAGUGCUGCGGCAAAGGUCACGGCCGGGGCGCCGCGGGGAAGAGGGGCAUCCUUUGGAAGUUGGCUCAUAGUCCCCGUCGAGUACUUGGAGCUGGCAGAAAUGAGGAUGAUGUGGUGGUUGUGAUGUGCUCCUUGGAGUCCAAAGCACUGAUGUUGUGAGAGAGAGUAGAAGUAUUUAUUGACAUUAAACUACUUAGUGUACUCUGAACUGGGCUGUUAGUGUGCUGGCUGGCAAGAAGCAAGCAGCUUCAGAGAGGAAAUCAUGGUUAUGCUGAAGAUUUCAUCUUUCCUUGCUGUUUAUGCCUUGGUUGUGUGCCAGAUGGACAGCUUCCAGGCAGCCCCAGUCAGACCUGGCUUGGAGUCCCUAAUGGAUCGAGUGACUCUCAGUGAGUACGAAGCUCGGAGGUUAUUAAAUGCGCUGGUGAAAGAGUUCAUACAGAUGACAGCAGAAGAGAUGGAGCAAGCCUCUGAGGGGAACAGCCUGGAUAAACCCAUUUCCAAACGCUGUGCCAGUCUGAGUACUUGUGUGCUGGGCAAACUGUCUCAAGAAUUGCACAAAUUGCAAACUUACCCUCGCACUGACGUCGGGGCUGGAACUCCUGGCAAGAAACGGAGUGUGCUGAGUGACCUGGAACAUGAACGCUAUGCAAACUAUGGGGAACCCCUAGGAAACAACUAGACAUGCUUAUUUCUCCCCCUUUCCCUUUUUUAACCUGAUGCAUGUGGAUAUAACUUUGAUUGCUAACUUUGCUGUCUUCUUUUGAUUCUGUUUUCGACAGAGAAUGUUUGAGAUGGACCUAAUGUUAGGAAGACCAAGAAUAUAACAUGCAUACCAAACUAGGGGAAAAAAAUAAAUAAAAAUUAUCAGCACUGCCUUGACAUUCCAAAUUAUUUUCUUAGACGUUGAUUAAAAAUCAUCUAAAAAAGGUUCUUCAUUUCUGGCUGCUAAAUGUACAAGUAGAGUUUUUCUUUUGUGCUUACCCAUGCACUUGUUCAAUAAACCUAUUUUUCUAUAA